AUGGCCAGCGGCAGCACGAGUUCCAACGUUGUCGGCGUGCACUAUCGCGUCGGCAAGAAGAUCGGCGAAGGCAGCUUCGGCGUCAUCUUCGAGGGCACCAACCUGCUCAACCAGCAGCAGGUUGCCAUCAAGUUCGAGCCGAGGAAGAGCGAUGCUCCUCAGCUGCGUGAUGAAUAUCGCACUUACAAGAUCCUUGUGGGCUGCCCCGGGAUCCCUAAUGUUUAUUACUUUGGCCAGGAAGGCCUCCACAACAUUCUGGUCAUUGACCUCCUCGGCCCCAGUUUGGAGGACCUCUUCGACCACUGCAACAGAAAGUUCUCCAUCAAGACUGUUGUCAUGGUAGCCAAGCAGAUGCUUUCGCGCGUCCAGACCAUCCACGAGAAGAAUCUCAUUUACCGCGACAUCAAGCCCGAUAACUUCCUCAUCGGUCGCCCCGGCUCCAAGAGCGCCAAUGUCAUCCACGUGGUCGACUUUGGUAUGGCCAAGCAAUACCGUGACCCCAAGACUAAGCAGCAUAUCCCUUACCGCGAGCGCAAGUCUCUGUCCGGCACCGCUCGAUACAUGAGUAUCAACACCCAUUUGGGACGCGAACAGUCGCGUCGUGAUGAUCUCGAGGCUCUCGGCCACGUCUUCAUGUACUUCCUGCGCGGCGGACUGCCAUGGCAAGGUCUUAAGGCUGCCACCAACAAGCAGAAGUACGAGAAGAUUGGAGAGAAGAAGCAGACUACCCCCAUCAAGGACCUCUGCGAUGGCUUCCCUGAGGAGUUCAACAAGUACCUCAGCUACGUCCGUAACUUGGGCUUCGAGGAUACCCCCGACUACGACUACCUCCGGGAGCUCUUUACCCAGGCCCUCAAGAGCACUGGAGAGAUUGAGGAUGGCGAGUAUGAUUGGAUGAAGUUGAACAAUGGCAAGGGGUGGGAGGCGAUGAAGUCGCACCCGUCCGCUGUUCAGGCCAUGCACCACUCCAAUGUCAACCCAAACUCGUCCAUGGCCGUCAAUCUCCAGGGCCAGCAGCACAGGCAGCAGAAGACGCACCUCCCCAUCGACCAUCACCGCUUAAACGAGCCCCUGCCCAAGCCUGGAGCGACACGCGCUCAGCAAGGAAGAAGCCCAAGAGAGAACAUGAACCGUGAUUCUCAGAUUAAGAGGAAGAGCAUGGGUGAGCUCGCACCUCCUGAGGGCGCAUCGACACAAGCGCAGUUUCAGCACAGCCAGCAAAACUUGUCACAGAACCGCGCUGCGCCUGCCAGCAGCCCAACUCCUCAACAACCGAGACAGCAGUCUCCCGAGAAGCCGAGCUUCAUGCAAAAACUGGCAAACGCACUGUGCUGCGGCGCCAGCAAGUAG